AUGGCCAAUCUGCUCAGAAACAAGGCUGUCUGGGCCGUGGGCGGUGCUCUCGGCGUCUUUUACAUGGUGCCCAAGUUCAGCGGCAACUCGGACAACGUCUUCGAGACUCCUGGAGUCCAGAACAUUGGUGAAAGAUGGUCUGCCGGUGGGGGAACCCCUACACAUACGCCUGCUACCGCAACGAGGAGAGGCGAUCCCCACGACACCGAGAGCCCGCGAGAUGGACCCACGUCUGUCAACACGGAGCAUUUCAAAGAAAAGCUUGCCGAUCAGAGAGUUGCCCGGGUCGAUGGCCAAGGCCUGGAAUACUGCACACUAUGGUAG